AUGUAACCAGCUUCUGGGGCUAACGAUGAUUGCAUUGAUAGCCCUUUUUCUGCUUAUGUCUGCGACGAUGGAGAGGGCGUUCAAAUGUCAAAGCUGCCACGCCGUUCUGGCACCUCAUAUCUCCAGUCCUAAGUCCCAAAGGCCCGGCGAGGAAUAUGUUGUUUGUAACGGAUCCAAAGACUCCCCGCACGCGACUUGGUUUAGGUGGACGUACACCAUUGCCUACCUCGAAACCACUGUCCCCGCCAACUCCCUUCCGCCUUCCAUGGGCCGAACUCCUCCCGUCCAGCAGCAGUCAGCGACUCCCCCCGCCCAGCAGCAUUCAGCGACGUCCACGUCAACGCUCGCCGUCCUAGGCAGUUCCAACGACUCCGGGAAGGCCUGCACCAUCGACAACUGUUCCCACCGGCCGAACUUACUCUGUCGCAACCGAAAGUGCGCACGUCAUUGCCGUGCGGGUGCAGAGCCUUGUGGUCUGAAGGGCCAUGCACCUAAGGAUAUGACUCCUACCCCUGCCCCCGCUGUCCAACCAGCUCUCGCGCCUUCGGCAACCCUCCCUGGACCUGCCCACACUCAAGAUCAUGCUCCGCCUCAGCCCAUGGGCGGUGCGAGGGCUCCUACCACCUCCGCGCAAGCUAUGGCUGCCAAGGAGCCCCGUUUUUUCUCGCAGAUUGUCCCGGGUUACGCGAGCAAGCAUAACGACGAGCAAGAGAAGCGCAAGAAGCGCCAGCAGGAGGAGGCGGAAAGGAUCGCUAAUAAGACGAAGACGGAGAAUACGGUGAUGAUUACUGCUUGGGUGAAGCCCGGCAUUCCUCCAAUCGUCGCUGCUCACCAACAAGACUGUGUUCUCACUUCCCUGACCCUCACAAACGACAUCCUUGACAGUGUCGGACUUGGGGACGCAGAGCGAUACUGCAUUUACAAGUUCGAGCGUCGCGUCUUUAUGUCCGUUUCCGCCAACCCACCGUUCGUCACACCACUUCCGUUGACCAAGACCAAGGAGAUUUUUCUGAAGUCCCUUGACCUUCGAGUUGAAGACUGUUACCAGCUUAACAUCCAUCUCCAUUCCCUCCCAGGGAGUUCUGCUCAGGCCCCUGACAUCCGCUCCAACUUGCCCCAGGAGCGGAAGGCUGUACUGGCCAAGCGUGAUUCCCGUCUCCUUUCUCGAGGCACUCCUAGUCCCUCUUCCCCCACUGCCUUUUCCCCGCCAAUGUUGCUUGCCAAGCGACUCUACUCCGAUCUCUCCCCAUCGACAUCGUACACUUCGGGCCCCAGUUCCACCCUCGCACCUGCAUCAGUCGCUGAGCCCACCGUUCGCCCUUCCACUCCCGAUGCAGAGAGCUUUGUCGACCUCACCAACCUCGAAGACGACAACUACCCGACCCCUCGCCCACUCAAGAGGCUUGCUUCAACCUCGAAGCACGUUGACAGAUCGACUCCAACUCCUCGCAUGCCCAAGAAGGAGAAGGUGUGGCCUAGCGACUUUAAAGUCUGCGAGGUUGUCGAGCUGUUGGACACGCUCUACGCGGGGGGCCUGUCGGAGGAUGAACGUGCCAAGGCAUUCUGGGAUGCGACCCGUCUUCCGUUCAAGAGGACGACUGCCCGGGAGGCCUAUGUGCGUUGGUUUACGGCUACCGAUGAGCAGCGGGAGUAUUGGCGAGGGCGCACGGUACCCUGGCAAGAAUUCCAAGACAAGUUCAAGCUCCCGUCGCAGAAGCGGAAGUCGUUCCUUCAACGCGAGGCAAGACGUUACAAGCAAGCGGAGCGACGAGCAAGAUCUUCUUGGGGUUGA